UUUAUUUUCUCUUUCUUAGUUAUCAUGACCUUAUUGUCGGAGCCCCAUUUUACCAACAUCCAAAGAAAGGUGGAGCCAUUUACAUUUACAUGGGUGUCCCUAAUGGGGAAAUGGAUGAGAGUACAGUUCCCUUCAAAAUUCUGAGUCGAGACAUGAACGAGCUAGAAUGUUAUACACUCGGGUGUGAGCACGGUCGCUUCGGGGCAGCACUGGCCAACGCAGACGACUUGAAUCAGGAUGGUUAUGAGGACCUUCUGGUUGGAGCCCCAUAUGAAGGACAUGGUGCAGUCUAUGUCUUCCACGGCUCCAAAGAUGGAAUUGUCGAAAAGCCAACACAGAGAAUUGCUGCCAGCAAUUUGCAACACCAUACUUUCAAGUCUUUCGGUUCAUCAUUUGCAACCGGCAUGGACAUUGACAAGAACGGUUAUCCAGAUGUUUUAGUCGGAGCCUUUGAAUCUGAUUCCUUAGCUCUGCUAUUAUCCCGUCCAGUUCUAACACUGUCUUCUAAUAUUAUUCUUUCACCAAAAUCCAUUGACUUAAAGGCUGCCAAAACUUGUCCUUCCAAUAUUCCAGCAAAACAUUGCAUAACAGUUAAGUUAUGUCUGAAAUACACUGCAACAAUAACGUUAAGUGAGACUCCAGAAAUUAAAUAUACAAUAAUUGCAGAGAGAUUUGAUCCCAAAGUCAUUCACAGUCGUGUUUUAUUCCACAAUGAAAAAUCAGCCCCAUCCUUUGAAAUUACUGGUACCAUAAAACUAAAAAGGAAAGACGACGAGUUCUGUGAUAGCCAUCAUGCCUUCCUUCAGAGUUCAUUCCGGGACAAACUGAGUCCCAUCAAAUUUCAAUUCAGCUACAAACUCAAAGGAAAACCCCUAAACCGCAAUAACCAGCUUCCACAAAUCAAUGCUUUCCCAAUUUUGGAUCUAACUACUGCUGAAGAGACUACAGAAAUAAAACAGAUUGAUAUCCAAAAGGAGUGUGGUAGCGAUAAUGUCUGUCAAUCAGAUUUAACUUUGAAGGCCACUCCUCUUAACGCCACCUUCGACUCAGUUAGUAAACGCUAUAUCCUUAGUAGUAAAGACAGCAGUUCUUUACUGAUCCGUUUUAUUGUGACAAAUUCCAAGGAACCAGCCUAUGAUACCAAACUAAACUUGAAGGUACCAGAAAAUGUGAUUUAUCAAGGAGUUGACUAUGGAGAGAGCAAGCAACCUGUAGAAUGUUCUUCCAAAAAAAAUGACGUUAUUGUCUGUGACAGGCUUGGCAAUCCUUUCCUUCCUAACACAAACCUGAUUUUCAUUGUGAAGCUUGUUAUUGAAGAUGUUAAGCCUACGAAUUUCCUCAACAUUGAAGUUAACUUAACCACAAUAAGUGAUGAACAAACACCAGACGACAAUGAAGUUGACAUUGCCUUUGAAAUGCUGAUUGUUACUGACAUACAAGUUACAGGCCAGUCUUCCCCUGAACAAGUGGUUUAUACCGGUAAUGAUCGUGGGGAGAGUGCCAUGAAAAGUGAAGAUGACAUUGGUCCAGUUGUAAGCCAUAUUUAUGAUGUGUACAACAAGGGCUCUGGAACUGUACCUCAAUCAAAACUCACCAUCGAAUGGCCUUAUGAACUGGCUAGUAAUGAACCGGAUGGUGAUGGCAAACACCUCCUCUAUUUACUGCAGCCACCAAGGGUUCAAGAAGGAAAAGUAACCUGUCGCCAUCCAACCAUCAUUAAUCCUGCUUCAAUCAAAGAUAACCCCAACUCAAUUCUGCGGUUACCGCGCUCGUUUAUAUCCGGCAAAAAAGUUUCAAAUGACAAGGUAGUUUCCUAUAAUCGGAAACGUAGAUCGCUUCCAAAAGCAAGUAAGAUCAUUGCAUCAGCUCAAAGAAAGUCAAGUCAAGAUCUUAACUGUGACAGUGGAGCAAAAUGUUACAGGAUUGUCUGUGAUAUUGGCAAUUUAGAAGGAGAGAAAAGUGCUACGAUUGUCAUUCGGUCUCGACUAUGGGAAGCCACAUUGCUAGAAGAAUUCCGAAAUGCUGAUGAAGUGAACAUCAGGUCUCGUGCCAGUUUUGAAAUUACUUCAAAUAAUAUCGAUAUUAAAGAGACUGAUUUAAGAAAUAAUGUAUAUGAUGUGGUAACAGUCGCCAUUCCUGAUAUCGAUGUCUCUCUUCCUCCGCCUGUCCCAUGGUGGAUUAUUCUCAUCGCAGUCCUCAUUGGCCUCUUGUUUCUCUUCCUCUUAGGAUUCCUGUUAUGGAAGGUGAGUAUCAUCACUGAUUUGUCUUCUCUCUGUUAAAGGUGGAGUGGGUGG